CGGCGUCGGCGUCGUCGCCGUGGCCCCCGUCCUCGUUGCCGGCGAAAGCGGCACCAGACCGAACACGCAGCUGCCAAAGCUGCCAGACUCCGUCGCUCGGUCCAGUUUGCCUUCCGCUCCCGUUUGACGUAGUACCGUGGCCAGGCGUUCGCUGCCCGUGCCCGGACCGACGUACCGUAAAUCGCAUCGUCGCGUCGUCGUUAUUUUUACGUUUAUUCUCGUUUUUAACAGCCGGGAGAACCGUCAACCGGACAGAUGGAUAGUUCGCGUGGAACACGUACGAACCGAAGACAAUCCCGUGGCAGUGAAUAAUUCUGUGAGAGAUAGUUGUCGUUCAUAACGGAGGGUGAUUUGUUCGAACUGUUCUUAUAAUAUCCUCGUGCAAGUGAUUUCCACGGAAGACCGGAGCAGAGUCAGUGAUCCCUGGCCGACGUGGUUCGUAAAGCGGUGUGACUCCCUACGGCAGAAGGGAGGCGCAGGCUCCCGUUGGGGCCGCGGGGGGAGGCGGUGGCGUCGGAGGCGUCGGGGAGAGAAACGGUGGGGCGGACCGGAACCGGAAAUGGCUGCGAGGUGGCUCCUGCUGGCGCUCCUCGCCGCCCACGCCACGGCUCUUCCUGAUAUCAUUAGGAUAGGUGGCCUGUUUCAUCCAUCGGACGACAAACAGGAAGUGGCGUUCCGCUAUGCCGUGGAAAAGAUCAACGACAACCGGGACAUACUGCCCAAGUCACGUCUCAGCGCACAGAUUGAGCAGAUAAAGCCGCAGGACAGUUUUCACGCAUCCAAACGGGUAUGCCACUUGCUACGAAGCGGGGUCGCGGCGAUUUUCGGUCCGCGGAGCGCGCACACCGCCUCCCACGUGCAGAGCAUUUGCGACACUAUGGAGAUCCCGCAUCUGGAGACACGAUGGGACUACCGGCUCAGACGGGAAAGCUGCCUCGUCAACCUUUAUCCGCAUCCGACCACCCUCUCCAAGGCGUACGUCGAUUUGGUGAAGGCCUGGGGCUGGAAGAGCUUCACUAUCAUCUAUGAGAACAACGAAGGUCUCGUGCGAUUGCAGGAACUCCUGAAGGCACACGGACCCAGCGAAUUUCCUAUUACGGUCAGGCAGCUCAGCGAGGGAUCCGAGUACCGGUGAGUUUUCUCAUAUUCCAUCG